AUGGCGAAAGUACCCCAACUGCUACAGGAUUUUUUCAAGGGGAGGUUAAUGGAAGGCACGUGCGCUCAAAGAUUAAUGGAGAUGGCUACGUAG